GUGGAGAGGAAUGGGAAUCGUUAAGGCCGGUUAUCAGUUUGGUGCCUGUUUGUUGCUCGAGGAGGGGCAUAGAGCUUACAAAUAGUGAAGAGGAAGGGGCGAGGCUGGACCAGGUGGGAGCGGGGGUGCCCCAAGUCCCAGGGCGGUGAGGAUCGAGGCAGGACAUGACACCAGUGGCAUAUCACGGCCAUGGGGUCUCAGCAUUCCGCUGCUGCUCGCCCCUCCUCCUGCAGGCGAAAGCAAGAAGAUGACAGGGACGGUUUGCUGGCUGAAAGAGAGCAGGAAGAAGCCAUUGCUCAGUUCCCAUAUGUGGAAUUCACCGGGAGAGAUAGCAUCACCUGUCUCACGUGCCAGGGGACAGGCUACAUUCCAACAGAGCAAGUGAAUGAGUUGGUGGCUUUGAUCCCACACAGCGAUCAGAGAUUGCGCCCUCAGCGAACUAAGCAAUAUGUCCUCCUGUCCAUCCUGCUUUGUCUCCUGGCAUCUGGUUUGGUGGUUUUCUUCCUGUUUCCGCAUUCAGUCCUUGUGGAUGAUGACGGCAUCAAAGUGGUGAAAGUCACAUUUAAUAAGCAAGACUCCCUUGUAAUUCUCACCAUCAUGGCCACCCUGAAAAUCAGGAACUCCAACUUCUACACGGUGGCAGUGACCAGCCUGUCCAGCCAGAUUCAGUACAUGAACACAGUGGUCGGUACAUAUGUGACUACUAACGUCUCCCUUAUUCCACCUCGGAGUGAGCAACUGGUGAAUUUUACCGGGAAGGCCGAGAUGGGAGGACCGUUUUCCUAUGUGUACUUCUUCUGCACGGUACCUGAGAUCCUGGUGCACAACAUAGUGAUCUUCAUGCGAACUUCAGUGAAGAUUUCAUACAUUGGCCUCAUGACCCAGAGCUCCUUGGAGACACAUCACUAUGUGGAUUGUGGAGGAAAUUCCACAGCUAUUUAACAACUGCUAUUGGUUCUUCCACACAGCGCCUGUAGAAGAGAGCACAGCAUAUGUUCCCAAGGCCUGAGUUCUGUACCUACCCCCACGUGGUGUAAGCAGAGGAGGAAUUGGUUCACUUAACUCCCAGCAAACAUCCUCCUGCCACUUAGGAGGAAACACCUCCCUAUGGUACCAUUUAUGUUUCUCAGAACCAGCAGAAUCACUGCCCAGUGCCUAGCCUGUGCCCAGCAAAUAGUUGGCACUCAAUAAAGAUUUGCAGAAUUUAAUACAGAUCUUUUCAGCUGUUCUUAGGGCAUUAUAAAUGGAAAUCAUAACGUGGUUCUAGGUUAUCAAACCAUGGAGUGAUGUGGAGCUAGGAUUGUGAGUGAGCUGCAGGCCAUUAUCAGUGCCUCAUCUGUGCAGAAGUGGCAGCAGAGAGGGACCAUCCAAAUACCUAAGAGAAAACAGACCUAUUCAGGAUGUGAAUUUGUUUCAGCUGUUCCCAAAGGCCUGGGAGCUUUUCGAAAAGAAAGAAAAAAGUGUGUUGGCUUUUUUUUUUUUUUUUUUUAGAAAGUUAGAAUUGUUUUUACCAAGAGUCUAUGUGGGGCUUGAUUCACCCUUCAUCCAUUGGCUGGAACAUGGAUUGGGGAUUUGAUAGAAAAAUAAACCCUGCUUUUGAUUCA